AUGGCAGAGCCUCCUGUGACAGACCACCAGGAAGAGCAAGACCAUCAAGAGCAGCAGCAGCAAACCCCAGCAACUGAGCCUCUUGGUUCGACUGACUCGACUGCUUCCUCUACAGUGGCUGUUGCAUCCACCGCAACCAGCAAAAACGAUGUAGAGUCCACGGCAGUGGGAACCACACCCAAGGAAGAAACAGCAGUUAAGAAUGAAGGCAAGAAGUCAAAGUGCAAAAAUCGCAAACAUCGCCUGACUACAAAAAAAGCGGCCAGUAAGAAAAGCAAGAAUAAGAAGAAACAUACGAAGGUCAAGGUCGAGCCUACGUCUGACGAUGAGGAAUCAACAUCGUCGUCGUCGUCGUCGUCGUCGUCAUCUUCUGACGAAGAGUCAGCAAGUCCAACUGACUCUGAAGACUCCGAAUCCACAGACUCUGAGUCAGAAUCUGGCAACAGUGAGAGUGAGAAGGACAGACACAGACGGAGGCGCAAACUAAAAAAGUCGAAGAAGUCAAAGAAGAAGAGACGCCACCGCAGCAUCAAAGAGGAAGAGUCGUCUGAUUCAGAAACCACCACAAGCGACGACGACGAUCCACUAGCAGACCAGAAAGCCGUGAAACAGCAGCUCGCGAAGAUGGUGAAACAGAAACGCAAAGCGAAAAAGUUGGCCAAGAAAUAUCUGCCCGACGAAGAGGAUGAGGAAGAUGUACCUGACUCGAAAGAACUCAGAUUGCGUAAGCAGUUGGCUAAUCUUAAACUGUUGCAGGGAGGAUCUCGUCGUUCAAGGGGCAAAGAAAACAAGGGAGAAAGGGGUAAGAAGGGAAAAUCUAAACGGGCUUCCAAGGUGGCCUUUAAGCGGGUUGAUGAGCUCUGGGAUAGUACAAUUCAUAACUUCAAGCUCCGAGAGACCAUGGAUGACCCCGAUGCUGACGAGUUCGAUCAAUACAUUUUCACCGUGCGCCGUAAAUUCGACUGGGAGAACAAGUACAUGGACACAUGGGUGGAUAUCAAGAGCAAGCCUCUGAGGGAUGCCUUGGCCACCGUCAUGGAUGGUGUCAAAGGAGUAAGCUUAGUAGCCGAAACUCCAGUCGUUGACCCAAAUAUGCUCUUCCUGUAUUUGGAAGAAACUCGUUCUCAUAUGAAGGAGCUGAAGAAGCUUGCCAAAACUGAGAAGAAGAAAAAGGCUCGGAAACUGGCUGCCACCAAAGUUGCCCAUCUCAAAAUCCUGCUCAAAUACCUCGACACUGACUAUGCCGAGACCAAGAAGACACUCUAUCCGCUGCUUGAGUCCAACAUGAUUACUUUUGAUCUCCUCUGGGCCUUGUUCAAACCUAACACUAUUGCGUACACCCCCACAUACGGCCAUACCGACGAGCCACGGGCCUUCAAAAUUGAAUAUGCCUCUAGAGAAUCGUCAUUCAUGAAAGGAACAUGGUAUGUGAUUGAGGGAAAAUAUCUUGAAUAUGAUGGGAAAUCAUUCGGCAUGGGUAGUAUGGCUGCAGAUGUCGAUUCUUUCAAAGGAGCCCGCAAGAUCACCAGUUUGGCGUGUUAUCCAUUGAAAUACCACCGUGAUGCGGAGAAUCUCAAAGCCAAGCUUAUCGAGCGUGGGAAGCAAUUUGUUGCUUUGCGUGGCAUGAACUACCGCUUCCACAAGGGCAUGGCAUUCUUCAAGAAAAAGCGGUCAGUUAUCAAAGUCAACAUCAACGGACGAGUCAUGAUAGACCCUGCUCUACACCGCCGCAUCAACCCCAACUACCCUAUCAGCACAGUCAGACCUAAAGAUCCUGACGUUUUCGAUUCGGACUCCGACGCAGAUAGCGAGGACUGCUGUUGCGGAGGGUCGUCGUCCGACGAGGAACACCAUGAUAUGAGCAACAACGACUCCGAGCCUCCGCGUCCCAAGUUCAAGAUAGUCCGGGACAAGAAAGGCAAAGCCCACGUGGUUGAGAUUGAAUAUGAUGAAAACGGUGUUGAAAUCACAAAUAAGGAAAACCUCGAUUCGGUUGACAAUGAUAACAACAACCAAGAUGGCAAGGCAUCAUCCCCAGAGCCAGAGUUCACCGAAGAAGAUCUCUUGGUCGCUAGCCCCGUGGUAUUUGGAUUUGCCUUCAGCGAGAAACUGUGGCUUGAAUUCAGCGUGUCUGGCGUGAAGGAAAUCGAGUGGAACGAGGGUGCAUUUGACUCUCUAGUAUUGCCAGAUAACCAGAAAUCCAUUGUGAAAGCGCUGGUGGAAUCCCACACGUUCAACGCCGCUCAAAACAUCGACGAUGUCAUCCAAGGCAAAGGCAAGGGCCUCGUGGCAGUUCUACACGGACCACCAGGAACAGGCAAGACCUUGACAGCCGAAGGAAUCGCCGAGCUCCUAAAACGACCUCUCUACAUGGUCAGUGCAGGUGAACUGGGGACAGACUCACGCAGUCUCGAAGGGGAGCUCAACAAAAUUCUCGACAUUGCACAUUCCUGGGGCGCCGUGUUACUCCUAGACGAAGCCGAUGUGUUCCUGGAAAAGCGAACGAUUCAGGAUAUCCACCGUAACGCACUCGUCAGCAUCUUCCUCCGUCUUCUCGAGUACUUCCAGGGAAUCCUAUUCCUGACCACGAACCGCGUGGAAACCUUCGACGACGCGUUCCAGUCUCGCAUCCACAUUGCGCUGCGCUACGGCGAUCUAACCACCAAGGCGAAACGGAGUAUCUGGAAGAUGUUUUUGGAGAAAGUCAAAUCGAUUGACGGUGUAGAAACGUCUACUUUCACCGACAAGGAUCUUGAUGUUCUUGCGCGUCACAACCUCAAUGGACGACAGAUCAAAAACUCCGUCCGCACCGCACAAGCACUAGCCGUCAACGAAAAGGCCGCCCUCUCCAUGUCACAUAUCAAGCGCGUCCUAGAAGUCGCCGAAACAUUCGAUCAGGAUCUGAGGGGUGGAACAGGAUAUUUGGAUGCAAUGAGAAGUUACACCUGA